CUUUUGUCGCAUAAUAUUGAGAUUUCUUAUAUGAUGUGAUCAUUUAUUUUAGGUUAUGAAUCAUAUAUAGUAAUAUACUACUUUGUAUAGAACGCUAACAUUGUUGUCCACGUUUCUUUUAGCUGAGUGCAGCAUAUUGUAAAAUACUUCCAAAGCAGUCAAACAUGGGACACACCAGUUUGGAUAAGAUCAAAGCACUACAGAAGAAUCCAGCCAACGUCAGGAACCUGUGCAUUCUGGCACACGUGGACCACGGCAAAACAACUCUGGCAGAUAGCUUGGUGGCCAGCAAUGGCAUUAUAUCAAGUCGCUUAGCCGGAAAGCUGAGGUACCUGGACAGCCGGGAGGAUGAGCAGAUCCGAGGGAUCACGAUGAAGUCCAGCGCUAUCUCACUGCACUAUGCUUCUGGGGAGAAGGACUACCUGAUAAACUUGAUUGACUCUCCGGGCCAUGUGGACUUUUCGUCUGAGGUGUCCACCGCCGUCAGACUAUGUGAUGGGGCCAUUGUCAUCGUAGAUGCUGUGGAGGGAGUUUGUCCACAGACCCAAGCAGUGCUGCGUCAGGCAUGGCUGGAGAACAUCAGGCCUGUGCUGGUGAUCAACAAGAUUGACCGGCUCAUCAUGGAGCUGAAGCUCACCUCUCAGGAAGCCUACACACACCUGCAGAAGAUUCUAGAACAGGUGAAUGCAGUGACAGGCUCUCUGUUUACCUCCAAAGUGCUGGAGGACCGCGCGGUGAAAGAGGAGCGGGCGGAGGAAGAUAAGGAGGAGGGGGACAUCGAGCCUGCUGAGUGUCCCGGGUCAGAGCAGGUGUACGACUGGAGUGCCGGGCUAGAGGAUUCGGAUGACUCCCAGCUCUACUUCUCUCCAGACCAGGGGAAUGUGGUCUUCGCCAGUGCCAUAGACGGAUGGGGCUUCAGUAUCCAGCAGUUUGCCCAGAUCCACAGCCAGAGGAUGGGCAUCAGGGCUGAGGUGCUCCUGAAGACUCUCUGGGGAGACUUCUACCUCAACGCUAAAGCCAAGAAGAUCAUGAAGGGAGCUCACGUAAGACCAAUGCUGACGUUCUACCACAGUAAUGAAUGCUAA